AUGCCCAACGUCCGUGUGCUCCGCGACAUCAAGGCCCGCAACGGCGUGAACGCCAACGAGAUCCUCCGCCGCGCGUACCUGUAUGUCGCGCGCAACCAGAACCUCCCCCCGCAGGUCCGCUACCAGGCGCAGCUGCAGCUGAACACGUUCGGCAAGUACACCCGGCCGACCACGGUCAAAAACCGGUGCGCGGAGUCGGGGCGGGGGCGGGGCAUCAUGAGCGAGUUUGGCCUGUGCAGGUACCAAUUCCGGCUCAAAGCCCUGGCCGGUGAGAUCCCUGGCGUCAAGAAGGCUUCUUGGUGA